AGCAGGGGACGCGACCGGGUCUGUCCGGGAGGGGUGUUGGAGCGAGGCCUUGGCAAUGGUUCCUGGAGUCUGAGCUCUGACCCAGCCUCAGCCCUGCAGGAGGUGCGAGUCCUCGGGCAGCGAUUCCGCAACCCACUGGGCCUGGCUGCUGGCUUUGACAAGCAGUGUGAGGCUGUGGACGGCCUGUACAAGAUGGGCUUUGGCUUUGUGGAAGUGGGAACUGUCACACCCAAGCCCCAGGAAGGGAACCCCAAGCCCAGGGUCUUCCGGCUGGCAGAGGACGAGGCAGUUAUCAACAGGUAUGGAUUCAACAGCCAUGGCCACAUCGCGGUGGAGCGCAGGCUGCGAGCCCGACAGGAGACACAGAUCAGGCUCACUGGUGCUGGGAUGCCUCUUGGAGUCAAUCUGGGCAAGAACAAGAGCUCUGCUGAUGCUGCAGCUGACUAUGUGGCUGGGGUCCGGACACUGGGCCCUUUGGCUGACUACCUUGUUGUGAACGUGUCCAGCCCGAACACCCCAGGGCUGCGGGACCUGCAGGGCAAGGCUGAGCUGCGGGAAUUGCUGAGCAAGGUGCUGGUGGAGAGGAACCUGCUGCCCUGCAAGCGAAAGCCAGCUGUGCUGGUGAAGAUUGCCCCUGACCUCACCGCACAGGACAAGCAGGACAUCGCCAGCGUUGUCUGUGAGCUAGGUGUGGAUGGGCUGAUAGUCAGCAACACCACCGUGAGCCGCCCCAGCAGCCUCCGGAGCAGGCAGCGUAUGGAGCCUGGGGGCCUCAGUGGGAAGCCCCUGCGGGAGCUCUCCACACACACCAUCAGGGAGAUGUACGCUCUCACUCAAGGCCGGGUGCCCAUUAUUGGCGUGGGUGGGGUGAGCAGCGGGCGGGAUGCCCUGGAGAAGAUCCGUGCUGGAGCCUCGCUUGUGCAGCUGUACACAGCACUUGUGUACCACGGGCCACCAGUGGUGGGGGCAGUGAAGCAGGAACUGGAGGAGCUGCUUAGGGAGCAGGGCUUCAAGAACGUCAUGGAGGCAGUUGGAGCAGAUCACCGCUGCUGACAUGCUGCAGAAUGUAGGUGUGGCUGGAAGGAGCCAUGGCUGAGCAAGGACGGGCGUGACAAUUCCAGUGCUGGGCAGACUGGGACUGAGACAAGGUCCUGGUUCCAGCCCCUGGGAAGGGUCUGAUAGGUGAAGCGCGGGGCUGCUCUGGUGGGGAGCAGGGGCCAGGGCCUUCAUGACAGUGCUGCUUUUCAGGCUUGUGUUUUGGCUUCCCUGUGGACAGCAGAACUGAAUGUCAAUAAACAUUUGGCUCACCUGG